AUGGGCUGGUUGUUCCGCAGUCCAUCAGACAGAAGUAACAGUCAAGAGGACGCGCAGGGGGAGGGAGACUCAGGGAGGGAGACUCAGGGAGGGAGACUCAGGGAGGGAGACUCAGGGAGGGAGACUCAGGGAGGGAGACUCAGGGAGGGAGACUCAGGGAGGGAGACUCAGGGAGGGAGACUCAGGGAGGGAGACUCAGGGAGGGAGACUCAGGGAGGGAGACUCAGGGAGGGAGACUCAGGGAGGGAGACUCAGGGAGGGAGACUCAGGGAGGGAGACUCAGGGAGGGAGACUCAGGGAGGGAGACUCAGGGAGGGAGACUCAGGGAGGGAGACUCAGGGAGGGAGACUCAGGGAGGGAGACUCAGGGAGGGAGACUCAGGGAGGGAGACUCAGGGAGGGAGACUCAGGGAGGGAGACUCAGGGAGGGAGACUCAGGGAGGGAGACUCAGGGAGGGAGACUCUGGGAGGGAGACUCAGGGAGGGAGACUCAGGGAGGGAGACUCUGGGAGGGAGACUCAGGGAGGGAGACUCUGGGAGGGAGACUCAGGGAGGGAGACUCAGGGAGGGAGACUCAGGGAGGGAGACUCAGGGAGGGAGACUCAGGGAGGGAGACUCAGGGGGACACUUUAAAGAGCUGCAAGCGGCCAUAGAGCACUCGCAUACAAGACACUCAUGA